AUGGCGGUGGCGAAUCGGUGGCGGCGAAAGUCCGGUCCCCUAAGUGUGGAGGCCAUCGUCGACGAUACUUCCAACCACAUCCUCGCUAUUGUGGCUCUCGCAGCAGAACUAUUACUUGACACAGCCGCUGUAGCUGUGCUGCUGUGGUUGCUGCAUGCCCCUUCCACCUGGCGCCACGACUACGUCACAGUGCCUCGACACAGACUUCGUCGUGCUCGACCGACUAACGAAAUUAACUUUUUACACCCCCUAUUAGAGGAAGGUGACUGUGGGCUGGAAG